ACUAUAAUUAUUUCGCAUAUCACAGCUUGCCAUUAUGUAGGUUCAAUGAAUAGAACGUUUGAUUUGGAUAGACUUUAUUAAUAUCAUAGCUUGGAUGAAUUCUUUAGGGAUAUGGCUGAACGUUAAACAGUUUUAGCAACAAAAACAAUGACAGAUUUCUUUCCUGAUUGCCUGCUUUUCCAGACUUCUAGUUACUCGUAGGCACAAUGUGGAAUAAAAUGAUGCUUUAUACGACAUAACUAUGAAUUUCAUCUGCAGCAGAAAAGCAUAAGCGACAAUCUAAUCUAAUCGAAUCUAAUCGAAUCUAAUCGAAUCGAAUGUAUUCAUACUCAUCACCGUGAAAUUUCCAGGAACACGUUAGGAAUAAAACGAGGAAUUGUCAUCGGCUGUUAUAACUACAAGCGCAUAGUUUGAUUCCAAUUAUAUGACGUGCUGUUGAAUUCUGCGUUCUGAUUGGUCGGAAUGCGUCUAUUGAUUUUUCCAUAACGGCAGCUCUGACAAUUCUGGAAGCUUCAGAUUAGAAAACAUGACGACGACUUACGCAGUCGCGUCUUCUGUUUUCUCCACACCAACACGACCGGCACGUUAUCCUGUUCGGUCUCCCAGACUGACCAGUGCUCUGUAAGGAGACGUUUAUUUAACGUUUACGCAAAGGAGUCUCCUGUAUCAGCACUCUGUUGCAGACUGCUGAUCAUCUGCUAAUGUGUCGCAUUUCCGUCCCCAUGUUACAGCUCUCUCUGUUUUCUCAAACCGUUCCUUCGUGGGAGCGACGUACAGACGAGAGGAAGACGUCUCCUGACUCCUUGUCAGCUUGCACACUAUCUCAGCUGUAGCCGAUUUUCUUUGUGAGUUAUCACUGACUUGUGCGAGAAAAUGCUUUGAUCCGUGCAGCCAUCUGGAGUUCUUUACGUGCACGUUUCCGCUGGUCACCAAGGUGCCUGAUGACAUCAUGGGUAAAACACCUCAGAAAGACACAAAACACAGUAAACAAGAUAAACCAAGGGGUGGCAGUGAUGUACCCGCCCCCCUACUGACUACUUACAGUGAGCCAUUCAACUGGGAGAAUUAUUUAAAGGAGACUUCAUCAACGCCAGCACCCCCCAGCUGUUUUAGACAGGUAGGAUUCGAUCCAUUCGAUCCAGCUGUGGUGCUAGAAAGCAAGUGAGCAGGCUAGUAUGGUAAAUCCAUUUCGACAACAAAUCCAGACUCACAAACCAAGCAUAGAAAGAUACAUACUGAAAGCACAAAAGACCAGCAACACGGUACAGUGGUACACGUUAGUACCCUUUUUCUGAGAGUGUGUACUACAUUAUUGUAUUUUUUUUACGUUCUGCUUGAAAUGAUGCUUCUGAAAAUAUAUCUUCUGGGCCUUGGGUAGGAAUGUGUAGGGUCGGGGGUUCGAUUCCCACCGCUGCCCCUGUGUGGGCGGAGUCUGCAUGUUCUCCCCGUGCUGCGGGGGUUUCCUCCGGGUACUCCGGUUUCCUCCCCCAGUCCAAACACAUGCAUGGUAGUCUGAUUGGCGUGUCUAAAGUGUCCGUAGUGUAUGAAUGUGUGUGUGAGUGUGUAUGUGAUUGUGCCCUGCGAUGGAUUGGCACCCUGUCCAGGAUGUACCCUGCUGUAUGCCCUAGGCUCCAGGUUCCUUGUGACCCAGUAGGACAAGCGGUAUAUAGAAGAUAGGAUGGAUGGAUGGAUGGAAUAUUUAUGUAAUAUUAUAAUAUUUACAUCGUUAGCUCUGAUUUUCUCUUAAAACUUUGGAAAUAUUAACCUUUAUGAACCCUCAAAACCCAUAGAUGUCGCUAUAUUCACUGGAAUUAUCUGUAUUAUGAACGUCUACAGUACACUUCUCCGAUCAGGAUUAGUGGCUAUUCUUUAUUGAAAGCUUUGUGAGCACUCCUUUUUUUUUUUUUUUUAGAACUCCCAAAUUUGUCUGAUGGAUCUUUAUUUUAUUUCAGAACGCGUCUCUGUAAUCUCUUGCAAUGCAUCCUUGUGGUCAGUAGGCUUUCCAGACACUGGUUUAGCCUAUGAGUUCAAACUUUAAAUGGUUUUAAAAAAACAUAUCUCCAGUCCAGGAUACGUCCCACAAAUGAUUUCAAAGUGGGUAUGAAAGUGGAGACGUACGACCCUCGGAACUCCACCUCCGUGUGUAUCGCCACUGUGAUGGGGCUGAUGGGAGCACGUCUGCGCCUGCGGUUGGACGGCAGCGACAGCACCAAUGACUUCUGGCGUCUGGUCGACUCUUCAGACAUUCAGCCAAUCGGCACGUGUGAGAAGAGUGGAGACAUGCUGCAGCCGCCGCUAGGUUUCCGGAUGAACGCCUCAUCCUGGCCCGUGUUCCUGUUAAGAACGUUAAGUGGAGCGGAGAUAGCACCAGCCCCGGCGUUUAAAAAGGAGCCGCUCAAGCCGUCGCGAAACCACUUCAGAGUGGGCAUGAAGCUGGAAGCAGUAGACAGGAAGAACCCGUGUCUGAUCUGCCCAGCGACCGUCGGACAGGUGCGUGGAGACGAGGUUUUCAUCAUGUUCGACGGCUGGCGUGGAGCCUUCGACUACUGGUGCGAGUACUACUCCAGGGACAUCUUCCCCAUCGGCUGGUGUCACCUGACCAACCAUAGCCUCCAGCCACCUGGGACCAGUUGUGCUCUCCCUAAGAGCCCGAUUCCUUCGCUGUCCCCGUCCCGAUCGUGGCGCCGCUCCAUGCAAUCCCCGUACCAGCUUCCGCACCCGCUGCCCCCAUUGCCCGUCAGGAAGGGCGUGCGGGGCCGCCGGCCCAAGAGCCAGACCAUCGCCAUGCUAAAGGCCAUACAGAACGGACAGACGCAAACGCAAAGCAGCGUGCACAAGAGCGUCGAGCCUGAACACCUGGAGCCCAGGCUGCACAAAAAGAGAGGACCCAAACCUGGCAGCAAGAGGAAACCGAGAGCCCUUCCUCCUCUGUCCAGUCCGUCUCUGUCCUCGUCUGUCUCGGAUGGCCGACUCUCCAGUCUCCAAAUGACCAAAGACUCCGGAGUGUUGACCACAGUGUGCGUGUACGUGAAUAAGCACGGCGAGUGCGGCCCACAUCUGGACCGGAAGCUGAUGCUGCAGCUGCCGGAUCAUUUCGGGCCCGGCCCGGUGAACACAGUGCUGCAGCACGCCGUGCAAGCAUGUGUGGACUGCGCGUACCAGCCCAAAACGCUCUUCAGCUUCCUGCAGUCGCAGUCAGACGGCGGAGAGAUCAUCCGAGUUCGCUCUGACGGAGGGAUCCACUAUGUGAAGUUACCUCGAGCCUCCAGCGCCUCAUUCGUGCUACGCUUCCUCGAGACCCUGUGCCACCAUUUGCAGUCGGAGAACCUGUUCAGCAGCCAGCCGUUCAAUCCACUCACCGCUAACACACUCAACGCCUACGACAGGAGCAAGUCAGUGAAGGAGGAGACGUCGGAAGCAUUGUCUAUAGUGCGCGGUAGCAGACGCUUCACCAGAGACUCCUCCGCCUAUAGCACGCCGACUCCUACAAACCCACCGAGGACAGACACACACCCCUCAGAAGAAACUCUCCCCUCGGAAAACAGUGUCUCUGCUGAGCAGCAUUUCUCUGAGGAGCCCAUGGACACGAGUUCUGCGCCAGCUCGGCCUCCCACGCUGCGCGGUACAACCGAGCAUCGCAAUCCAGCCGGGAACAGCCCGCACUACGCUCCCCAGCAACCCCCUCUGCGCCGGGUCACCUCCAACCCAUCUGAGCUGGCCACCACACGCAUGCUCAGACGAGUGGAAGGUACGCUAUCUGCCAGCUCUACCACCGGUCCAGAUCACCACACAGCUGAGCGAGAGGCGUCCAACAGGAGCCCGUCCUCAUGGAGCAUAGAGGAAGUGAUGCAGUUUGUGCGGGACGCAGACCCUCAGGCCCUAGCGCCGCACGCCGAACUCUUCAGGAAGCAUGAGAUCGAUGGCAAGGCUUUAAUGCUGCUGCGAAGUGACAUGAUCAUGAAGUACAUGGGCCUAAAGCUGGGUCCUGCUCUUAAACUGUGCCAUCAUAUUGAAAAACUGAAACAGGGCAAACUGUAGCCGGAGUCACUCGAGCACGGCGAACGCACUCGGCCUCCAGCGGGGGGCGUCCGAGCACAUGAAGUCCCCUUGCAGUUAGAACCGGACCAGGACAUGAAGAUGGAUUUGCUUGGAGCUGACGUAAACACCAAACCCUCGUCUCGAAAAAGUUGAGCUGAAUGAGUUGAAGUGUGAACAUUGGAAAAACAAGCAACAACAAUCAUAAAAUAAAGCAAACCGUCGAGCAUGCGUGAGACGGGCUUGUCAAAGAGUCUUUUAGACAGCAGGGGGACAAAAUGCUCCUCUCACAACACCGUUUUUUUAAUAGGGAUCAUUUUAGACACAAACGCGGGUUAAGUACUGCCACUACCGACCUCAGCGCCUGUUUUCGUGAGAAGGAACAAUGCAGGUACUAUUCAGCAGCUGGACUAAGCUGAAUCCCAAAGGAUUUCUUUGUGACAGAACCAUGCUGACACUGUACCACCCCCCCUCCCCCGCUUUUUAUACUGUACUCCCUUCAUUUAGAGAUAAAAAAAAAAAGGAGGAAAAAACCCCCACAAAACACACAAGAGGUAAUGGAACCAUCAUUUAUUAUUUAGUAGAGAGAUUUACACGCUCGUUUAUAUGUCAACAAAAAAUCUGUAACAUUGAACAAAGCUGUUAUAAAAUAACCACUAAAACCGUUUACUAUAAUUAUAUUUAAACUAAAUUUCCUACUGUUAAAUCAGGAGUGCUUUUACUGCAGCAAGACCUGAUCAACAUAUAAAAGGCAGCUAUCCGUGUUUCAUUAUAUAGUAUGAAGUCGAGGGGGUUAGCACAAAUCAGUUUAAAUAUACUGGAACAACUGCUUUUUUUUCUCCUUUUUAAUUUAUUACUCCUCAAGAUGCCAAUGUUUUAUGCUUUUUUCAUUUAUUUAUCCACUUGUUAAAUCAGGCCAUCGUUUAUCAGACAGUUUAGCAAAAUGUUUUCAAUUGACGUAAACGUCUGUAUACAAUCAUCCUUAUUUAUACGAGUUAUAUACGGGUUAAUGUUUACAAAAAUAGGUUCUGAAGACAUCUGUGGUGGUUUCAGUCGGAAUCACACACACCACUGGACCUUUUCAUAGAUAGGAUAGUACUUUAAGGAUACCAAAUUAAGCAUUGAUUCAUUCAUUAAGAAUAACCCCCGGGGUGUGAGUUCAUCGGCAGAGAAAUGUACACGCAGAUACGCACAUUGUUGGUGGGGUGAAAUUCUCCAAGCCUAACCCUGCUACCAUAGAACUGAACUGUAAAUCCGUAUGAGGGGAACCAUUUCACCAAACCAAUGAUCAGACUUCACACUGACGUCACGUGUGACCGAGUUCUCAGCUCAGUCACGAUAAUCUAAUCCCAGUCAUUUUAUGCUAAGUGAUCUAUUGCUAUUUUCUUUUUGUUGUUGUUGUUGUUUCAUAUUUCUGUGUUUUGAUGCUAUUUCAAUCUUAAUGAGCACAAUGCUGCUUUUCUUUAUUUAAAAAAAAAGAAAAAGAAAAAAAAAAGGUAUACAUUUAUACGUGUGUUGUUAGUUCUUAGGGCAUCUCUACAUUUCUGUUAUUCUCAGGUUCAAGUUUCCAUUUAUUUGUAUACUUUUCUACAACAGCGUAAAUUGCUUGCAUCACAUAAAAAAGGUCACAUUUCUUUCGUAUAUUUCACUGGAACGAAACUUGAAAAGAGGGUUCAUGUUUGACCUCAUUUUUAAAAAUAUAGCCAUUUCCAGUACACCUUUUAAAAUAAAAUUUCACAAUGA